AUGUCGUCCACCAGCAACGCCUCCAUUGACAAGUUCAACGGAGACAAUUACGCAACGUGGAGCCGGUACAUGCGCGGUGUGUUUUUGACGAAGUCCGUCUGGCACGUCGUCAACCGUGAAGUGACUCCGACUUUCACCGACCCGCGAGCGUCCGAUGACUACGUCAAGGCAAGCAACGUCGCGUUUGGUAUGAUGCUGCUGCACAUGAACGCGGACUACCAUCAUGUGCUGGACAACUGCGAGGAAGCCUGGGUUGCGUGGACAAGUCUGAAGACGCUGUACGGUGGGUCGCAGAAGGCAGGACGCAUCUACCUCAAGCGACAACUUUUCAGUAUCAAGAUGGCUGAAGGCGCGAACGUCAUGCAUCACUGCAACGAGGUCCUCAACAUCUCCGCCAAGCUUAGCGGCAUCGGUGCGAAGAUGGAAGACGAAGACGUUGCAAUUUGUCUGCUACUCAGUCUUCCGAAGAGCUACGAAAAUGUGGUGCUCAACAUGGAAAUGAGCAGCACCGAGCUUUGCACUCAAGAUGUGGUGAGAGUCCUGACGAAUGAGCAUGCCAAGCGUCAAGGAGAAAAAGGGACAACGACAGCGACUACGGUGAAGGCUGAAGAUGCAAGCAAGGCAUUCAGCGCCGAGCGUGAGCCCUACCAAUGCACGUAUUGUGGCAAGGUGGGACACACGGUGGAUCGUUGCUGGACAAAGCAGAAGAACGAAGGUCGGGGAGCCCGACGCGGCGGCAAUGGUCGUGGACGCGGGGCUAAUAAUGUCCAGUGGGGACAUCAUGAUGAAGGCAAUGGCUACGAUCGAGUGGCGUUUGCAGUCUCGUUCGAAUGUGGAGUUUCGACGAGCAAGGACGUGUCUGGAAUGUGGGCCGUCGACAGUGGUGCAACGCACCACAUUUGCCACGACAAGACCAAGUUCGCAAGUUUGGCAGAGCGCAAUGAGAGCGAACUCUUGGUGGCUGAUGGCAACAAGGUGGCCAUCAAGGGUGUGGGUGAUGAACUUUAG